GAUGGCGCUAUCGAUGUCUCUCCCAACCCUGCUGACCAGCUGUUGCAUGUGUUUAUAGUUUUAAUUUUUUGUGUAGUGCACAUUAUUUUUAUUAGAUUCAAACUGUUAUAUUGGUUAAGUUGAGCUUACAACUGACUUUAACGAUGGUCAACGAUGAGGGAGACGCGACAAAGAAUACCAAAUUAUUAGGGUAUGACUUUUAUCGCCGCACUCUGGGCUCCCCGCGGUACGUGGUGGCGCCCAUGGUGGACCAAAGCGAGCUGGCCUGGCGCAUGCUCUGCCGUCGCUAUGGCGCCCAACUCUGCUACUCGCCCAUGUACCACGCGAACCUGUUCGCCCACGAUCCCAAGUAUCGCAAGGAUGCGCUGCAAACGUGUGCGGAGGAUAGGCCGCUGAUCAUUCAGUUUUGCGGCAAUGAUGCUGAACAGAUAUUGGAUGCGGCGCUGUUGGCGCAGGAACAUUGCGAUGCGGUGGACAUAAAUCUGGGCUGUCCACAGGCCAUCGCCAAGCGGGGCCACUAUGGUUCAUUUCUGCAGGACGAAUGGGAGCUGCUGACGGAUAUUGUCCGGACACUGCACGAGAAGUUGUCUGUGCCGGUGACCUGCAAAAUUCGCAUCUUCGAGGAUCGGGAGAAAACUCUGCGAUAUGCCAAAAUGCUGGAGGCUGCUGGCUGUCAGCUGCUCACCGUUCAUGGCCGGACCAGGGAGCAGAAGGGACCACUCACCGGUGUGGCCGAUUGGAGCUACAUUAAGGAGUUGCGACAGCACCUGAAAAUCCCAAUGUUCGCCAAUGGCAAUAUACUGGGACUGGAGGAUGUGCACCGCUGUCUGGAUGAGACGGGCGUCGAUGGUGUGAUGAGUGCCGAGGGCAAUCUGCAUAAUCCGGCCAUCUUUCAAGGCAUAGCGCCGCCCGUCUGGCAAAUGGCCAAGGAGUACUUAGAAUUCGUCGAACUAUAUCCCUGUCCCAGCUCCUAUAUCAGAGGACAUCUCUUCAAGCUCUUCCAUCACAUCAUGAACAUAAGGCAAAACUCAGAGCUUAGAGACACGCUGGCCACUUCGAAUCAGUUGGAGCAGUUCCAGGCAGUUGUGCACAAAGUUCAGGCCAAAUAUGAGCCCUAUCAUAGGGGGGAAGUGGUCUAUGUGCCGGAGGAAAUGGAUGCCACCAUAAGUACAGAUAAGCUCGAGCUUAACGCCUGGCUCUGUCAGCCCUACAUACGCGCUUCACCCGAAUCGCAUCGUCAGAAAAUUGCCGAAAAGGAGCUGGAAGCCAUUGAUCCGAAUCGCGCCAAGCGUCAGUACUUUGACAAAGAUGGCAAUGAAAUCUCCCGUAAGCGCAUGAAGAAGCUGCGCAGACGCCAGCGGCGACCCAAUAAAACCGAGGCUCAGGUCCACCAGCGACACGAACGACGGCUGCAAUACUGCACGGCAUGCGCCAAUCCGCAGGGAUCAAAGUGUGAAUUUAAUCUGUGCCGCGUGUGCUGCAAGGACAAGUGCUAUGGCGAGGACUGCGACUGUCCCGGCCAUGGUAUACUGAUCAAAUCGAGACGAGCCAAAGCCAAACAGUACCAGGAACAUUCCAAAUUAGAGGAGAACUCCCAUUGCGAUUUCCUUCGUGAGAAUCUAGACAGUGAUCCUGUGCCUGUUGCGGCUGGUGAUGUUCCCUGAUGUUCCCCGUGAAUUUGUGUAGAAAAUGACUAUUUUAAUUGUUCCUAUGUCUACAAAUAAAAGAAUCAAAAUAUU